GCUUUUGAUCUUUUUUUAACACGAGUUUUACAGUGCAAAAGUCUGAACCUCCCCAUUACCAGCCGCCUCGUUCUGACAUGCACUUCACGAAAUGCAGUUUGAACCUUUUCCACGCCAUUAAACCCGAUCCGUUCCAGUUUAUAACCCCACCACCACCACACCACUCCUCAGACUUUCCAAAUAAAACGGAUCCAGCUGUGUGCGGCUGUGCGCCCUCCGUGCGUCACACCGCUGCGCUGCGCUGCGCCGCUCGGAGGACCGGCAGACCGACGGGGAAGAAGGAGAAGAUGUCCGGGAUCAUGCUGCUGUCGGUGUCUCUCGCUUUGUGUUUGUUGUGGGCGACCGGCGGCUCGGCGCGGAGCGGGGCCGUGAUCCUGGAGCGCGGCUCGGUCAGUCUGAACGACAUGUGGGAGGUGGAGGAGCUGAUGGAGGACACCCAGCACAUACUGGAGGAGGCUGUGGACCAGAUAACCACUGAGACCGCUAAAUCAUCUUUAACCUCACUGGAUCUGCGUCUGAACUACCACAACGAGACGAGGGAGCUGAUGAAGGACAAAACUGACAAGGAGAAUAAAAAUAAAACAGGAGAGACUCAAAGUUCACACAACCGUAUGGAGAUUUCUGGCAACUGGAACAGCCUGGAUCACGAAUGCAUGGUGGACGAGGACUGCGGGGAGAUGAAAUACUGCCUCUAUGAGAUCGAAAACUCAAAGUGCCUCCCCUGCAUUCCUACAGACAUGCCCUGCACUAAGGAUGAGGAGUGCUGCUCAGACCAGAUGUGUGUGUGGGGCCAGUGUACAGUCAACGCCACCAGAGGAACAGAGGGGACCAUCUGUCAGGGUCAGAGCGACUGCAGGCCGCACCUCUGCUGCGCCUUUCUACAAGAGUUGUUGUUUCCGGUGUGUAGUCCCAGACCAGAGAAGGGGGAGUCCUGUCUGAGCCACCCCAACCUGCUGAUGGACAUGCUGGCCUGGGACCAGGAGGGUCCCCGGGACCACUGCCCCUGUGCCGACGACCUCCAGUGCCAGCCUCAUGGACGUGGAUCUGUUUGCGGAGAGUGAUCCAGGAGAUGGAGGGAACGCGAGGACGAUAUUCAUGACGCUGUCCAGGAGUUAUACUCACACCCUGACUGAGCAGUCCCCCGAAAAACGGCCCGUCUGCUGAGCAACACUUUUUAAAGAAUAGGAUGUUGCUUCAGGACAGGACUUGCACUGUUUUAUUUAUGCCUUACUUCCAGUGUGUACUAUCAUCAAGCAAAUAAAAGACUCAUUUUUAGUUUUUA